GAGCUCUCUGCAGACUUUGUUUACAUUUGAAAAGUGAAAUUUAUUCGUUUUUAAGUCGAAAUUUCCGAUGUAAAAUGGACGAGUAAUAAAUGGAUUUUGAUGAUAAUAAUGUAUCAUUAAUAACAGCUGAUUUCUCAACACAGGUUUCAGAAAAAACCAACAAUAUUGCAAAAAAAGAAGAAUUCAAAUAUGAAUCCAACAAUUCAGUACAACACGAAGCCACUGAAGUACAGAAACCUUUUGAAUGUCGUAUUUGCGGUUUUAUGAGUUUCUUUCAAUCUUCAUUUGAUUCACAUAAUUGCAUUCAAAAUGAAACCAAAGUUUUGUGUCCAAACAGCCAAUGCUCAAAUAUUUUCACUAACAAUGAAAGCCUCAAGUCACAUUUGUUAGUAGAUCAUAAAGUACUUCAAGAUGAAAUUGAUUUGUUCAUUGAAAAACACCAGCAGCCGAAUGUGGAAAAGCCACGACAAAAGAUCCACAUUGUUGAUUAUCAGCUACUUAAGAAGCCUGACACAAAUGAACCAGCUAAAAGCAAAAUCUUCAUCAAAGAUGUGACGUUAUUGAGAAAGCCUGAUUUACCACACACAAACAUUGCAAUCCCAAAUAUCUUCGAUUCUCUUGAUCUGACAGCUGAAGAUGAAAUACUUGACGACUUUUUAGGAAAUGACGAUCAAAUCUUCAACGAUGAUUUCGAUUUCGACGAUUCAGCAAAUUUCAAUUCAUUUCCGUCACCUGAACCAGUUUCAGAAGCUCCAGAAGUUGAAAUCAUUCUUCCCGAAGUUCCAACUGAAACUGCGUCUGAUCAGCAAUCAGGAAAAAUAUUUGUGAGAAAGAAUUUGUGCAAUGAUUCCGAAUUACUCUCAGAAGCAACAACUUCAAGUGAAAUUCCAACAAGUAAAAUUUAUGUUCGCAGUCAUGAAAGUCUGACGAGUCAAGUCGUCACUACCGACGUAACAAAACAACCAUCAGAAGCAUCAACGCCUGAUUGCGUCAUCGUGUCAUCGGAAAUCAUUUCUGAAGUACCAAAAAGUAAAAUUUUCAUAAGAAACAUUGAAGCAUUGACAAAUCCACAACAAGAAGCGACAUCGAAUCAAUUUUUCACUGACGAAGUAGAAGAAGAAACAAACGCACCAGGAAACUUUAUGAACGUCACGAACAAUUUUCCGCCAUCCAUUUUUGUACGUCGUUAUGAUAGUUUGGUGAAUGAAAAUGUUCCUGAGCAGACACUUCUGCAGUCUCUUCAACCAUCACCACAACAUUGCAACAUUUCAAUUAAAAAUAUGAACACAUUAAUCGAACCAAUUCUUAUGCAACCGCCACUCAUUAAUCCUCCACCUACUUCAAUGAUUUUCGGACAAGCACAGAACUUAGUCAUUCAUAUGCGACCACAACAAGCUGAUGAGAACUUGAUUAAUUAUCGUGACACUAGUAUGACUCCUGAUACACUCCCUGGAAGUUCAAAUGUGUCAACUUGUGGUGGAAAUGACGAAGUGAUUAUGUUAGACGAUGCUGAAGUUUCCGAUGCUAUUUUUUCAAACUUCCACGACACUUCGGCAAUUCAAAAUGAGAUUGUUAAACUUAUGGAAACAUCUCAUGUUGUUGAGCCAUCAAGAGAGUUGAUAAAUCAUUCAGAAAUUGUACAAAAUCCUGAACGAAAUGAAACAGAAACACCAAAUGAGAAAACAGUUCUUCAGAAACUUGAAGAAGCUGCUACAAAUCAAGGAGAAGAACAGCCAAUGGUUAGCAUUCCCAUUGACUUCACAUCAGAAACUGCUAUUGAAGGAGACACAGAAAGAAAGAAAAUGAAACUUGUUAAAAUCAUUCGAAUAAGGAAAAAGAAAAAAAAUGAAAGCGAAACAAAUCAACAAUCAACAACAAACAUUCAAGUUGUGUUCAAAUGUUCGCUACAAAGUUGCACACUUCAUUUCUCAUCUGAAAAUCUUUUAAAGUAUCAUCGGAGAUGUCACACAGAUGACGGAACAAUUAUUUGUCCCGAAUGCAAAUCGGAAGAGUUUAAAACAUUCAACACAUUGCAUACUCAUCUGUGGCGUUCACAUAAAGUUGACAUGGAUUUAUAUGCAUGCAAAUUAUGUGAUUUUAAAACGCCAAUUCUUUCACGAUUGAAGAAUUUUCACGAGAAGAUUCAUUCAAAUGUAAGGAGCUAUAAAUGUGAUGUCUCGAAUUGCAAUAAAAGUUUUAAGAAUUCUAAACAGUUGAAAAAUCAUCUUCAAACACACAAAAAUAAGAAGAAAGAAAAGUUUAUGAGAAAAGUGAAAACUUCAAAUUCAAUUGAUAGUUCGAAGAAGAUUCAGUGUGGUGAGUGUAACAGAGGGUUCAGUAGUGAAUCGGGACUUUACAUUCAUUCUAUGGAGCAUAAGAAAAGUGAUGAGAAAAAGUUCAAUUGUGAAGCGUGCGAUUAUUCAACUAACGAUCACAACUCAUUUCGUCGUCACAAGUCUCAGCAUUCGAUGGUUCAUCAUUACAAAUGUCCUGGAUGUGAUUACACUUCUAUACAAAGCAACACAUAUCGCAAGCAUCUUGAGAAACAACAUCCUGAAUUAGCUGAAAGUUUACUUUAUAAAUGCACAUCAUGUAAGUUCACAACAAUCAGUAAAGCAAAGUUUGAAGGACAUUUGAUGAAACACGCUGACAAUUCAACAAACAUUGAAACGAAGAAAACUUGUAACAAGAUCAAAGUUAAAAGUAAUUUAAUGUUGACUGAUCCCAUGAUUCAAUUGAUGAAAGAUUUAUUGCCGAAUCAAGCUAAUAAUCUGUGAUACUUAAUUGAUACUUAAAUAAAUUUAAUUUUACUUUUAAAG